GACCGGGAGGCCUGGCCAGCUGCAUGCAGUCCUUGGGUCGCAAAGAGCCGGACAUGAGUGAGCAACUGAACAAGGGGCCUCACGCAGGAGGCGAUCUGUCCAUCCCAGGAGGGAUUGUGACAGGCGGGGCUCCGGGCCCUGGGCCAUCCGGAGAUGCUGGCCCCUCAAGGAGCGCAGUCCAGUGGAGCACAGCGUGCGCCGUGCGAGCAGCUGGCGGUCUACUCAGUGGAACGGAGCCUGCGCGAGUGGUGGAGCUGGGAGCGGUGGGCCAAGGCGGGGUCCCCUCUGGCAGUGGAGUCCCUGCCGGGGCCCCUCAGGACCCCCAGCCGGACCCAGAAGAGUCUGCAGAGCGACAGCGGUGCCUGCGCCCGAGCCACCUCCGCAGCAGCGCGUGCCCGUCAGCCCGGCCGGGGCAUCAGGAGAGAAUUCUGGAACUUCCCUGCAGGCUGGAACUUUCUGGAACUUUCCUCCCUCUGGGCCUGUGCGAUUUGCUGGGUACCAGGUGCCUGGUACAGAGCUCAACCCCUGACAGUUGCUGUACUCAUCCUGGGUCACUGGGGAUGAUGGCACAGAUGGGGAGAAGGGAGGACAUCCGUGCUGCCGGGGUUCCUUCCUCAUAUGCCCACUCUGUGAGAUUGUGCCACACGGAAUAUUUCCAAGGUCUGCCCCAUGGCCAAGGCCCAGAAGUCUGCUCCCUGCUGCACUCAGAGGCCACAAGCCAUGCUGGGAACAGCUCCGACUUUGGAGUCAAAGGAUACAAAGCUGGCUCUUCCCGACAGUUUGCCUGGGUCACUCUUCUGCCCUCCCCUGACAUCAGGAGGAUGUAAGGGUUGGUAAGGUUAGGCACUGGAGGCCAGCCAAUGCAGAAGGACACGGGUUUGACCCCUGGCCCAGGAAGACCCCACGUGCCGCGGAGAAGCGAAGCCCACGCGCCCCAGCUGUUGAGCCUGCGCUCUAGAGCCCGGGAGGCACGACUGCCGAUUCCAGCGCCACAGCCGCAGCCGGUGCCCGGAGCCGCGCUCCACAACAGGCGGAGCCGCCGCGACGAGCCGCCCGCCCGCUGCGGCGGAGCGCAGCCCCCAGCCGCAGCAGCCAGAGAAGCUCACGCACCGCCGAGGAGGACAGUGCGGCCAAAAGCAAAGCACACGGAUAAAGCCCGUCUUUCAGAGAUAGUUAUCGGAGAAGCAGAUAUGUUAUCUACCCACCCACCCGGCUGCUCAUCUACCCACACCCUGCACACCCACUCACAGAGGUGUGCCAGCCGCUUGCCUGUCUAGGUUGCCUGCCCACCUGUCUACCUGCUGCCCACCCACCUUCAGACUAGCCAGCGUCUCCCACACGCGCGGCCAUUUGUUGCUUACUUCCUGUCUCCAUGGGAUCGCAAAGAGUCGGACACGACUGAGCGACUUCGCUUUCACUUUCUCUGUCUUCUCACCCAUCUAUCCAUCCAGGCUCCUAACCAGACCCUAGGGGAAAAAGGCCCUGCAGAAACAAAGAGUGAGACAUCUUUCCCACACUCCCAGAGACUCCUGUGCAGACGGGAAGUGGCGGGAAGCAUGGGCGUGACACCCGGACGCUUGGGCCAUGGAGUGCACAUUCCUGCUGCCCCCUUUGUCGGGAGAGCCCCACCCGGAGUUUGCCAGCUUUCCCCGCAGACGGCCCAGAACCCCACGACGGGCCUGAAGGGGCCCUGCUCCCCAUCCCGCACCCGUCUUCCCGGCCAGCUCACCGGCUCCGCAUCCAUCGUCCUCAUGAUGAGGGGAUAUUGGGUCCUUGCUCUGGAAGGAUUGUCCCCUCCAGGGUGGGCUGGGGCCCUGGUGGACCUGCCUUCCAGCUCUGACAGUGCUCCCUGCUGGCCCUAGUUCUGUGUGGUGAUGAUUUUCCUAGUGUCUGUCACCGUGUACCGUGAGAUCAUCGGUACGGAAAUGUUCCACAUGGGCAACGCUCUGCUUAUGGCCCAAGUGAGUGCCUCUUGGAGCAAUGGGGUGCAGGCCACUGUCCCAGACUCCAGGCACAAGGUGGGCAUCUUCAGAUUCUUUCUGCCCCUCCACAUGGCCUGGCUCAGGGUGAUGGCCGUCACUCUGCCUGGGCCGGCAGCGUUGCCAACAUCAGCAGCUGAGCUCAGCCUGGCCCUCCUCCUCCUCCUGGGCCAGGCCUACCUCUCUGGCUAAGCAGCUCACCAGGCGGGGUGAGUAAGGGCCGGGUGUCACAGGGCUGUCCUGGCAUCAGUUGUGAUGCAGGGGUCCCCGCGUCUCAGACCCUGCAGCCUGCUCAGUCACCCUCAAACGAAGUGGCCAGGGGGCAUGGCUGGCCUUAGGGGAAGGUGGACUGUGGACAGAAGCAAAUGAGCUGACCCAAUGGGCUGGGCCUGCCCCCUUACACACAAUAGAACUCUGACCAGCUCUGCCCUUUGCCCAGAGAUGCAUAGAACCCAGACCCAUCAUGAAGAUUCCCCACUUCCAAAGUCUUCAUCUUCCAGCUCGUCAGUUUCUUCUCUGCUCCCUUCUCUGUAGCAUUCUUCAAAGCAGGUGAGGACCCCUGACCAAGGCUGUGGACCCCCGGUGAAGUCCCAGCGGGCGGCAGUGUCCAUGAGCCUCUAGAUUUGUCUCUACUAACAUCUUGCUGUUGACUUUGACGUUGGCCCUUGACUUCCCUGGACUUCAGCUUUCUCAGCUGCAAUAUACCAACACAUCACUGGGUGAAACAGAAGUUAUUUACUCCCCAGAGUUGUGAGGAUUAAUCGAAUGAAUCCCGGAACCCCUCAGAAUAUUGCCUGGCACCACCGACUCAAUGGACAAGAGUCUGAGUAAACUCCGGGAGCUGGUGACGGACAGGGAAGCCUGGCGUGCUGCAGUCCAUGAGGUCGCAAAGAGUGGGACAGGACUGAGCGACUGAACAACGAAGUGCCUUGCACUUAGUAAGCGCUUGGCAGAGUAAGAUCGCUAAAGCCAUCUUUCUUUUUCACCGCUCCCUUCUCCCCAGCCUCUCAUCGCCUGGCUCGUGCUCGACCUGCCAGCCGCCCUGGCUACCUAGGUAAGGCGCGGCCUGGCAGAGCAGGCUCUGGCGAACAACGUGGAGGCGCUGCUUGGGUCAGUGCGGUCGGCGGGCCCCGGCCCCGCCCCUGACCACGCCCUUCUGCCCACGCCGGGCCCAAGGUCUGCGUUCUGGCCCCGCCCCCUAGUUUGGCCCAGAGGGAGGAUUGGCCGCUGGCUCGCUCAUCUCCUCCGGGCCCCGCCCAUCACCCAGUCCCGCCCCCCUUUUUAUGUUCCCCGGAGCCCCUUCUGCUCUGGAGGGUCCUCCGCUUCGGCCAGACCCAUCCUUGCUUUCCGUACGCUGCAGCAGGAGGCGUUGUCCCUGGAGCCCAGGACGCAGGGUCCAGAGACGUGAGACUUCCUUUCCAGGACCCUGAUUCCCCCAGGAUCCUCCCUCCUUUGGGGGCCUCUGCUUCCAGCUAGGAGUCAAGGCUAUGGUACCUUGGCCAGCGGCCCCAAGGUCGGCCCAGGAGUUGGGGCCCUGGUGGGUGGUGGAGCAAAGGAGGAAUGGACUGUGGGCCACCUGCCACCCUCCAGCCCCGUCUGGCUGGGCCGCCUGGCACUGCCCACCGCCCAGUGGCCGUGUGCCAGCAGGAGAGCCUGUCCUUCGCGGAGCUGCCCGUCCUGCAGCCUCCAGGCCCCAUGUGCCUGGAUCUCUUCCCCGUGGCUCCAGAGGAGCUGCAGGCGCCCGGCAGCCGCUGGUCUCUGGGGACCCCUGCUGUCCUCCAGGGGCUGCCGUGGCCACCGCCUCCUGGAGGCGCAGACCCCGAGCUCUCCUCCAGGGGGGGGAUGCGGCCUAGCCGGGCUGGCAGCUGGCCACACUGUCCUGGUGCCCAGCCCCCAGCCCUGGAGGGACCCUGGAGUCCCCAGCACCCACAGCCACAGCGCCGGGCCAGCCACGGAUCGGAGAAGAAGUCGGCCUGGCGCAAGAUGCGGGUGUACCAGCGAGAAGAGGCCCUUGGUGGCCCCGAGGCCCACGUUGUCUUCCUGGAGCCAAGCCAGGCCUCGGAGCAGGGGCUGAGCACAGAGGAGCCCCGGCCCGCGGGGCUGCCUGGGCCUGCUCGCGGGGGCCUCGAAGGGCCUGAGCGGAGGCGCUUCUCGGCCUCUGAGCUGAUGACCCGCCUGCACUCUUCCCUGCGCUUGGGGCGGAAUUCAGCAGCCAGGGCACGGAGCCCAGGGUCAGGGUCAGGCCCUGGAGCUGCCCGAGAAGGGAAAGCGUAUGGGAGAGACUCGCGCAGUGUAGAGAUGAGGGUGGACGCCACGGCGACGCCAGCUCCUGUUGACCUGAGCGAGGUCCCCGGCAGCUGGCCGGAGCCCAGGCUGGAUGCGCGGGAAGAGCCGGCGCCAGGGCCCCGGAGCGCCAGCGAGCGGCGCCAGUCCCGGUUCCUGCUUAACUCCGUCCUCUACCAGGAAUACAGCGACGUGGCCAGCGCCCGCGAGCUGCGGCGGCAGCAGCGCGAGGAGGAGGGCGCGGCGGACGAGGCUGAGGGCGCGGAGGAGGGCCCGGGGCCGCCGCGCGCCGGCCUCUCCCCGAGCAGCUCGUUCCGGGCGCAGCGCGCCGCCCGGGGCUCCACCUUCUCGCUGUGGCAGGACAUCCCCGACGUGCGCGGCAGCGGCGUCCUGGCCACGCUGAGCCUGCAAGACUGCAAACUGCAGGAGGCCAAGUUUGAGCUGAUCACAUCCGAGGCCUCCUACAUCCACAGUCUGUCGGUGGCCGUGGGCCACUUCUUAGGCUCGGCCGAGCUGAGUGAGUGCCUGGGGACACAGGACAAGCAGUGGCUGUUCUCCAAACUGCCCGAGGUCAAGGGCACCAGCGAGAGGUUCCUGCAGGACCUGGAGCAGCGGCUGGAGGCGGAUGUCCUCCGCUUCAGCGUGUGCGACGUGGUCCUGCAGCACUGUCCGGCCUUCCGUCGCGUCUACCUGCCCUACGUCACCAACCAGGCCUACCAGGAGCGCACCUACCAGCGCCUGCUCCUGGAGAACCCCAAGUUCCCUGGCAUCCUGGCUCGCCUGGAGGAGUCUCCUGUGUGCCAGCGGCUGCCCCUCACCUCCUUCCUCAUCCUGCCGUUUCAGAGGAUCACCCGCCUCAAGAUGCUGGUGGAGAACAUCCUGAAGCGGACAGUGCAGGGCUCUGAAGAUGAAGACAUGGCCACCAAGGCCUUCAAUGCCCUCAAGGAGCUGGUGCAAGAGUGCAACGCCAGCGUGCAGUCCAUGAAGAGGACAGAGGAGCUCAUCCACCUGAGCAAGAGGAUCCACUUUGAGGGCAAGAUCUUCCCGCUGAUCUCCCAGGCCCGCUGGCUGGUUCGGCACGGGGAGCUGGUGGAGCUGGCACCCCUGCCCGCAGUGCCCCCGGCCAAGCUGAAGCUGUCCAGCAAGGCGGUGUACCUGCACCUCUUCAACGACUGCCUGCUGCUCUCCCGGCGGAAGGAGCUGGGGAAGUUCGCCGUCUUCGUUCACGCCAAGAUGGCUGAGCUGCAGGUGAAGGACCUGAGCCUCAAGCUGCAGGGCAUCCCCGGCCACGUGUUCCUCCUUCAGCUCCUCCACGGGCAGCGCACGAAGCACCAGUUCCUGCUGAGGGCCCAGACGGAGAGUGAGAAACAGCGAUGGAUCUCCGCCAUGUGCCCCUCCAGCCCCCAGGAGGACAAGGAGGUCAUCAGCGAGGGGGAAGGGAGGGAGCCCCAGUUCGAUCGCUGGCUCGGGGAGGUCACCUGGAAGAGGGAACGGGUGCUGCUAACGACAAGUCCCUUAGACCACCCUCAGGUUCAGUGUGUCAGAACGUAUAAGGCACUGCAGCCAGAUGAACUGACUUUGGAGAAGACAGACAUCCUGGCCGUGAGGAUGCAGACCAGUGACGGCUGGCUGGAGGGGGUGCGCCUGGCAGAUGGCGAGAAGGGCUGGGUUCCCCAGGCCUAUGUGGAGGAGAUCAGCAGCCUCAGUGCCCGCCUCCGGAACCUCCGGGAAAAUAAGCGGGUCACAAGUGCCACCAGCAAGCUGGGGGCGCCCCCCGUGUGAUGGCGACUGUGGCCCGGGACAGCAGCCCCACGCCGGCGCCUGGACAGUUCUGCAGGGGGCCUGCGAUGUCCCCAUGAACCCCCCGCUGCCACUGGGGCUUCUGUCCUCAUGCCUGGCUUCAAGGGUGCAGGCUGGACACAGGCGGAGGUGCCUCCGAAGAGUCUCCCCUCUCCUCCUGCUCCUCCGAGCCCACAGUUCAGGGACGAGGGCCAUUUAUCGCUCUGGCUCUUGCCCUCUGGAACCUGGCCUGUCCCUUUCCUGCCCCCCACCCUGCCCGAGUCUUGGCCCCUCUGGCAGGGACCUGACUGGCAGUGGCUCUGGGCGCUGGGACCUAUCUGUGUAGACAGAUCUGGAGUCUUCUGGCGUGAGCCUGUGUGGGCCCCGGUUGCUGUGACUUUCCUGUAAAUAAACUCCCCUAAUGCCUUUGCUUGGA